AUGGUAAUUUGCCAGGUCAGAUGUUUUAAAACUGAUCUCUCCCUCUCUCCUCUGCGACCCAGCGCCCCCCCCCGGUUUCUCUCCUCCAGCCGUGGCCUCUUCAAGCCACCAGCACCGCCACACACCACGGCCGGCCACGGGACCGGUCAGGUUAGGACCGCCAUCACCCCAGCCAUCGGUUCCGCCGCAUCCCAGCCCCUGGCAGCAGCUCCGGCCGCCGGAAACAGCCCGAAAACAGUCGGUUUUUGA